AAAGGAAAAAAAGCUUAAAUGUGCGCAGAUAAAUUUUGAGGUUCGCGGCUCAUCAGCAAGGCUAGGGUUUAAGCUGUUUUUUUCUGGAGUUUUGUUAAGCUAACACAGAUACUCAAAUUUCUCUGUUCUCAUGUUCUGUCAUCCGAAAGUGUAGGACCUUUGUCCACUGUAAUAUUGGAAGCGAGAAUGCAGGCUUGCACUGGAGCUGCAGUGAUGGGUUCCUUACAACAGCCUGUUUGGACCAAGGGAUCAGCGUUUCCCCCAAAAAUGUUCAGUGUUACUGGGUUCCCACAUCAGAUUGAGCUCAAUUCGUUGAAGUCUUGUAGAUAUUUCAGUUGUACAGGGAGCUUGGUGACUGGGAGGUCAUCUUCUGCUGUGUCUGUGUCUGUGUCUGUCCCUGUCCCUGAAACUGCAGGUGAAAGAAGCAGCUUCAUAGACUAUGGCCUUAGUGAAGCAGAUCCUGAGGUGCGUGAAAUUAUUAAUAAGGAAAAGAAUAGGCAGUUCAAAAGUCUUGAGCUUAUUGCCUCUGAGAAUUUUACGUCCCGAGCAGUGAUGGAAGCAGUUGGCUCAUGCCUCACAAACAAGUAUUCUGAAGGACUGCCCGGUAAAAGAUACUAUGGUGGAAAUGAGUAUAUCGAUGAGCUUGAAAUUCUUUGUCAAGAAAGGGCUUUGGCUGCAUUCCACUUGGAUGGAAAGAAGUGGGGUGUCAAUGUCCAACCAUUGUCUGGUUCUCCUGCUAAUUUUGAGGUUUAUACUGCACUUCUUCAACCACAUGACAGGAUAAUGGGUUUGGACUUACCUCAUGGAGGACAUUUGUCUCAUGGUUUUAUGACUCCUAAAAGACGGGUAUCUGGCACAUCAAUUUAUUUUGAAUCUAUGCCAUAUCGACUUAAUGAAUCUACAGGCCUGGUUGAUUAUGAUAUGCUUGAGAAAACAGCUACUCUCUUCCGACCUAAGCUAAUUAUUGCUGGUGCCAGUGCAUAUCCUCGAGAUUUUGAUUAUCCUCGAAUGAGGAAGAUUGCAGAUACUGUUGGUGCUUUUCUCAUGAUGGACAUGGCUCACAUAAGUGGACUUGUUGCUGCUUCUGUAGUUGGUGAUCCCUUUGAGUAUUGUGAUAUCGUGACAACCACCACACACAAGUCUCUAAGGGGUCCUAGAGGUGGCAUGAUCUUCUUUAGAAAGGAUCCUAUUCUUGGAGUUGAUUUAGAAUCUGCCAUCAAUAAUGCUGUUUUUCCAGGCCUACAGGGUGGUCCUCACAACCACACAAUUGGGGGACUAGCAGUUUGCUUGAAGCAUGCACAAUCCCCUGAAUUUAAAAAUUAUCAGAAGCAGGUCAUCGCCAACUGUAGAGCUCUUGCAAACCGAUUGGUUGAACUUGGAUAUAAACUGGUUUCUGGCGGUAGUGAUAAUCACCUGGUUCUUGUAGACUUGAGGCCACUGGGCAUUGAUGGAGCUCGGGUGGAAAAAAUUCUUGACAUGGCAUCUAUUACCCUCAACAAGAAUUCAGUGCCUGGGGAUAAGAGUGCUCUAGUUCCGGGUGGCAUUCGCAUUGGAUCACCUGCUAUGACUACCAGAGGAUUCACAGAGAAAGAAUUUGUAGCAACUGCUGAUUACAUUCACGAGGGUGUGCAAAUAACAAUUGAAGCUAAGAAAUCAGUGUCAGGAUCAAAGCUUCAAGAUUUCUUGAAAUUUGUCGCAUCCCCAGAAUUUGCUCUGAAGGAUAAAGUUGCAGAUCUCCAGACAAGAGUUGAAGCUCUUACAACUCAAUUCCCCAUACCUGGUGUGUGAGCAUCGUGGCUGGGCUAUAUAGGUUGCUGUUAUAAUCUGAUUUACUGCCCACCAAUUCCCAAGAGUUAAGCUCUUACAACUCAAUUCCCAAUACCCGUUAUAUUAUGCUUAUAAUCUCUACAAGUUCUUCUGAUAAUACAAUGAUGAGUAAAGAACAUUAUAUUGCACCAGUUAAUCGUUUAAGGAAAUGAUUAGAAAGGACAGCAGUACUGCCAGAAGUUCUGAUAUUA